UAUAAAGAGUAGGGUUUCAGCACUAUAAAAGUCUCCUCUUUGCAGUCGGCUUCAAGUCCCUCGCUCACAGAACUCGCAGCCUCCAGAGAUCAAACCCGACCUCCCAACAUGCCGAAGCAAAUCCAUGAGAUCAAGGAUUUCCUCCUGACUGCAAGAAGGAAGGAUGCACGUUCUGUGAAAAUCAAGAAGACGAAAGAUGCUGUCAAGUUCAAGGUUCGAUGCUCCAAGUACCUUUACACGCUCUGUGUGUUUGAUACUGAGAAGGCUGAUAAGUUGAAGCAAUCCCUUCCUCCAGGUUUGAGCGUUCAGGAUCUUUGAAGUGGAAUUGAAGUAGCAGUUCAAUGAAUGCCAUGUAGCCUCUUGUCUUUGAAUUCGAACGAUAACGUUGGUGUUAGAUUUUAUUUUCUGAUAUGUGGGUUCAUUAUUAUUAGACUUUAUCUUGCGGAUAUAUAAUGGAUUCAGUGCUGUUUCAGAUU